AUGAGUUUCGACCCGUCAAAGCUGAUGGAGCAUCUAGCAAAUCUGUCUGAGCAAGAGCAGGCAGCAUUCACGCAGAACAUUUUAAAUCGAGCAGAAGAGAUGGAGCAGCAAGCUCAGCAGUCGAGAACACGCGAGGGGCUAAUCCAACAGUUUAAGAAGAAACGCUCUACAUUCGUUCGACCUGGAGGCAUCUACGCUGAGAAAAAAUGCUCAGAAGCACUGAAAGCUGGGGCUGUUCCAAUGGGUUUUACUCUGGACGACACGAAACCAAAAUCUGACAUGAGAUUGUUGAAGACACUCAAGCCCAUGCUAGUGGAGGAACUGGAGCUUGGCACAGUACACCGAGGACGAUAUUUGUGCGGAUGGGUAGCAAUCGACGACGCCUUCUUCAGUAUCUCUGCGACGUCACUCCUUCUCGAAGACGUGACGGGAGAUUUGGUGGAACUUGCUGUCUAUGGGAUACUGGACUCGGAGCUUCCGUUACUCGAGAAACAGUGUCAAGUGGCUAGCGGAUUUCCAAAAGGACGAGCGAUUGUGGUGCUAGAGCCAUAUUACAAAGUAAGAAUGGAUGGGACUGUAGGCAUUCGUGUCGACGAAUCCGAAGAAAUAAUUUCGUGGCGGGACGUUCCAACCGACCUGGUGACUUGGAAAAAUCUUGGGAAUGAUUUUUUCAGUACCCUAAAUUGUCAAAAUGAAGGUCGUGGAGCGCUAGCGUGUUAUCAGCGUGCGAUACAAGCUGAGCAACCUGAUGUUAGUACGUUAGCCCAAUUACUCAACAACAUCGCGACUUGUCGGUUCAAAAAAGGAGACUACGGUACGAUCGUCCAACUUUCGGGUGCUGCUGUUCAUCUGGAUCCUACCAACUUCAAAGGAUGGCUACGCUUAGCGUCAUCUCUAGGCGAAAAUGGAGCUGAAACGAUUGCAGCACGUGUGGUUGCUCAUGCCCGUAAUACUUUACCGAAUAUUUUACCCAAGCAACUGCAACUGCUGCAAAAUAUAGUCAAGACGGGAUCUGCAAUGGAGACUUCAAGAUUUCGAUCAUUUGCAGAAUGGUGUUGCAAGUUGGCGUCUCCUGGGUUUGUAAAGUGUGGCGAAGAGCUCUCUGGAAACACUGAGACUGCCGAGGUGUGGCGUGAAAAGGGAUCUGACUGGUUUGCGAAGGGCGAUUUGGAGGCUGCUGAAGAAUGUUAUCGAAAGGGGAUAUCGGCUUGUGCGUCCUGUUGCCAUGAUGUGUCACUUGUGCUGAACAAUAUUGCUGCGGUGCACUUAAUGACGUUCCGAGAUUCCAAAGAUGUCCCCGGUAUCAGUUCUCGUGGAUUUAGUACUUCAUCUGAAGCAUCGGAGGGCAUGGUACCAAAUGCUGAGAUGGCGCUUCUAAAUUCCACCACCGCUGGCAUUAUUUCUCCUCUGAACCAUAAAGCCUGGACGCGGCGACAACAUAACAAGCCAAAAUCUGUCCACAAAGUCUCUGAAACACCAACUCACGUGCAGCGUGAAGAGCGUGAUACGUUGCGUCCCGAAAGCAUUGCAGCCGCAGUCAAGUCAAAUGAGAAGAAUGUGUUUACGAGCUCUAGAGACGAAGAUACAGAGGACAUCGACGAAUACAUUGCGCGGAUGGAAAAGCUCGAGAAUAUUACCCGCUUUGCUUUUGCUGCGUCAGACCCUCAACAGCAAAAGAAGCUACCACGUGAAGUGCUGAUGUUUGUGAAGAACCCACCGCCCCAAGUUCAUGUUGAGUUCCCGAAACAGCGUGGAUGGCCUUCAGGAAUUGACGCGACAUUCGCCCGCAAAGCUUUGUAUCGUGCUUACUUGAAUGCCAGCUCUAGUCCAUGGAUGACAGCGUCCGUCAUGCGCGAAGGAGCUUAUUUCGCCAACAUAGACCCUGCUGACAUGAUUAAGCGAUGGCAUGGGACUGCUGCAAUGCAGAUUCUGUAUGAUCGAUCGGAGUCCUUAAGAUUUGGGGACAUUAUCGAUGCGAGAGAAGUGGAAAGCGGCUACAUUCCUGCAUAUGACGCUCGAAUUCGCUCAAAUUUUGCGAACAAUCAACCUUUACUGGCCGCCACGCUUCACGAUGAACAGAAGAAAAAUCUUCCUUUAAAAUUUGUGGGGUUCGAGAUGAGUGAAUUUACAGUUGCCAAGUGUAAAAUUGUCGCUCAAAUGCUCGCGUUACCGGAAAUUCCGAUCUGGAGCGUCAUGGAGGUUUGGCUUUCGUCCACGUGGAGUGAGACUACGUUGAAACAUUUCCGCCAAACUGCUAAUAAAGUGUUGGAAUCAACUGGCCAAAACGAAAACUCUAAGGUGAUUUCUUACUUGAAACACUGGGUGUCGGCUAAACCGAUAUCGGGUUCGAAAGCGCGUUCAGAAUUCUUCCGCAACUUGGAGAAAUAUAACAAACGAGUGUUUUCAGCGGUGUAUUGCUUCCGCCGCGAGAUUGACCGACUUGAUUUGACCCAGUAUAUGCUGACUGGUGAGGUCCAUGCGUCGCCAAAUGCUGUUUCUCUUGUAGAGACUCAACAAGAAGAUCAUUCUGAAAUUGUGGAAACAAGUGAGCAGAGAACUACCACGAAGAAACGCAAUCGCAAGAAAAAGAGAGACAAUAAAAGAGAAGCCUCCGUGAAAUCGACUGACGUUCCUCUGGUCGGCAGUUUGACGAUGUGGAACGUACCGUCAGGUGCUCCACCACUCGAGGAAGAUAUCAUGUUCAACACCGUGAAUUUUACGAAGAUUCUGGACGAUUACGCGGCGAAAGAGAAGACGAAGAAAAAAUCGACUGAGAAUCUAUCGGUGGUAGAUUUGUUCACCAUCCACAUUAUCCAGAAUUUGGACCGCCUUCGAGGAUUAAUGAGGAAGAACAAACUAACUAUCGAGGUGCAUUACGGCGUCGUGAAGGCGGUUCGCGGAGAGGCUGCCAACGACUUGGAGAAUCAACACUUGUUGUCCCGAAUCGCUUUGAUGCGGCCGUACACAAUGUCGUGGUCCAAUAGGAUUUCCACGAUGUCGCUCGUCGAUGCUCGAUAUUCGUAUGAAUGGCCUACUCAAGUGUUCGGAGCUUCGAUACUUGACUAUGACUUUGAGGAUUGCAAGCCGCUUAUCGACGGUUUACUUGAUGUGGCCCUAGGAUUUCGUGUCCAGUCGCACACAUUGGCUUUUCCUUUGAUGGACAUCUUUAAGAUCGAAGGUUUGGACAAAUUGGUAUUGUUGCCCUUCCGCGAGAACCCGCUAAACAGCACAGGCUAUCUUCUCGCGAAUGUUUACAAGCAGAAAUGGGUCGAUUAUUUCAUGAGCAAAGGUGAAUUGUCUGUGAAGGCAGCACAGCGACUUGGGUCGCUAUGUACGCCAACUAACAGUGGACUGCAGAUGGGAAGUAUGGAACUCGCGAUGCCAAGUCCGCUAUACCGAACUUCGACGACUCUGUACAUGAGCUGGUGCUACGACCCAGAAAUUCGUCUGCAGGUGGAUAGUAACCCCUUCCAAGUUGGCGCUGCAACCGAUAUUGACAUGUUGGCUCGCACGAUGCAGCAGAUGAGAACGGACAUGUAGGACUUGGUAUGGGGUGUCAAGGCACGUACAAAACUAAACAACAAAAAGAAAUGCCAUUAUUUUUAGCUGGA